CAGCGUCGCACACCUGCGAUAUUGUUGCUCCGCGCUGUUCCUGUUUCCUUUCGUGCUGCGCUCGACCCGGAUCAAGGCCCCAACGAAGAGAGUACUGCGUGGUUCUGUGUGGUGCUGGAGUUGCCGAGAAGUUAUCUGAGCGGCGGCACUUCACACACUGCCAUCCAUAUCUUCUUCUUCUUCUUGUUCUUGUUCUUCUUCCUCUUCCUCUUCUUCCUCCUCCUCCGCUGCCUCGCCGUCGACCGCCAUCCCCCGCCGCCGUCGCCCGCGACCAUCGAGGACCCGACGACCACCUCCGCUGCCCGCCAGGUCCCAUUGCCGCAGUUGCGUGCACGAAGCCACCCAGGGUCGCCCCCGGCCUCAAUCUUUUUCGCCAGUGCCAGGCCAGGCUUUGGUGCAGGACAAAGUUUAAUCGUAGGUCAAGGCACCUUUCGUCCGUCGUACCUGCCUCUCGAACGUGCACUGCGCUUGCUUGCUUGCUCGCUCGCCAGCUCUCUACCAUUACCUGACCACCACCACUACCACCCGACCACCGCCGUCCCUCCACUGCGACGCGAGACCCCCGGCGCACUCUGCCUGCACACCCUUGCUGGAUAUCGUGUGUGCAUAUCCAUUCCGGCCAUCGACACUUUUACAGACUUCCCCUCGUAUUCGAGGCAAGACGCAGCGACCGCCCCUCCGGCUCAGGCCUGACAUAGAGCAACGAGCGUGAAGCGAAUAAACGGCGGAAGCGGCAGCCAGCUCUUCUCGCACGGCGAGGAGUCAGACAAACGCAGCGGCGGCUGCUGGUCAAUCUUUGGAAACAGCCCAAGUGGGCAAACCCGAAAAAGGGCGCUGCGACAGCCACAAGGCAGAGCAUCACGGUAGGUAUCAUACCAAGCUGUACUGAGCCACUCGCAAUGGCUGUAUCAAAUCAGAGCCCAAGUGGCUUCUCAUACGCCCAGGCCGCCAAAGGCCGGACGUCGACCGCGCCAUCACAACCUCCUCCGACCAAGGCCAACUCCGCCAAUGCUACGCCCACAGCCGGCACAUUUUCAGAACUCGGACCCAACAGUAACUGGGCCGACGAUGUGGAGGCUACCGCGGAGGACAAGACCGACCCGCACAAGGCUUCGCAGGAGCUGCCGAAGCCGACGCCUGUCAAGGACGAAGUAGCUGAGCGCGCCAUCUCGGAGAACAAGCCCGGCCAAGGGAUUGCCGUUGUGCCCAAAACGGACCUCGUGGCAACGCCCAGCACAGCUACUAACAGCGAAGACUCUGCUUCUGCACCCCAAACGAAUGGAUCGUCAGAAACCACAUGGGAGACCAAGUCUGAUCACUCAGCACACAACUUGGAACCCUCAUGGAUCGCGGCGCGAAAGGAGCGUCAAGACGGUGAGAAGGACAGCAAAGGGGGCGAGCGCCCAGUCAAGAAAGGCAAGAAGGGUGACAAGUCAGCAAAGGAGACGGAGACGCCCAAGCCAGAGCCAAAGCCAAUCGUUUACACGGAGGCAGCGCCACCGCAAGUGAAUCCCUGGGCAAAGCGCGCUGCACCACCUCCGGCCAGAUCUGUCGCUGUGCCACAGGCGCCAAAAGCAAUUGCCAAGGAGAACCAGCGUCCACAGGUAGAGACUAGGAACAAGGCGCACUCCAUCGCCGGUGCCCAGCGUGAGACCGAGCUUGGUAAUGGUACCAAGAAGCCGGAAGGUGCCGAAGGUACGCGUAUCGAACACAAGAAUCAUGCUCGACAUGGCUCAAAGGCGACGACAGAAUCUAUCCGCGCCGAAUUGACGUCUGCUCCCGCCAAACUGCAGCGAGAGCACCAGAGUUUGCCGAACCUGGCCACAGCACCGCCACCUUCUGUCCGAGACGAGACAUCGUGGCCUACGCCUGACAAAGCAGAGAAGACAGAUGAUAAGGAGCGCAAAGAUGCUGCGGGCGAGAAAGGCAACGAGGUCAAUGGAGACGCUCCAACUGAAGCGGGCGCCAAGCCACGCGAAAAGACGAAGUGGACUCAGAUUCCAGUCACGCCAACUAUUGUGUGGGCCACUGAAGAAAUGAACAGACCGCGAGGCUUUGGUGGUGAGCGUGGCGGUCGCGGUGGUGCCACUACGCGUGGCAGGGGUGGUGCUCGUGGUGGACCAAACGGUGCCAAGGGCGAUCGUGCUGGUCCCAAGAAGGACGGUUCUCUAGCUGAGGUCGAGCCUGUCAGUACCCACCCUCGCGGACGUUCCGAUCUCGACCGUGAGUCCAUGCCACCCCCAGCGAAGCCCGCCCGAAAGACCACCGCAAGUGGCUCACGCGCAGGAAGCCAUGCAAGAGGCGCAAGUCAGGCCAAGAUUACUGGUGACAAUCCAACAAAGGACAUGACACCUGCUCAACUCACUCACUCGCCGGUGCAUACGGACAGCCGAAAUGGCCAGGAUGUGAAGAUGUUCGAGCCUGGCUCACGCCCAGCAGCAAAGGACAGCGGCACUACUGACGUCCGCGAAAGCUUAGAUGCGCCUCGUGAGACCCCUGUCCGCAAGGUGCCGUCUGACAGCAAAAAGGAUCCACGCGGCUUUGAGAACUACAAUGGCAAAGAGUGGACCGGGUCGGCGCGCGGUGGCAAGCGCACUGGUCGUGGUCGCGGUGGUGGUGGCUCUCGCGAGUUUCCCAAUGGCCAUCCAGCGGGUCAAACAUUCGUCAGCGGCCACGGUGAAGGACCCGGCCCUUUCGCAGCGCCACAUUCACCUUCGACGUAUCAGUCGCCCCGUGGUAACAGCUUUGGAUUCGCACAACCAGGCCGAGGAAGUUGGCGCGGCGCGUCUCGGUCACAAUCCAUUCCCAUUGAUCAAAUCUAUGGCAAUCGAUUCAACUAUGGCCCACAGUCAGGACUUCCUCCGGUCCCACCAUACUACCCUGGCAUGUAUGAAUACAAUGGCAUGCCAAUGACCGCCAUGCCAUACGCGCCGCUGGCGGACCAGCAGUAUAUCUUCGAGAUGGUCAGCACACAGCUCGAAUAUUACUUUUCGAUCGACAACCUGCUCAAGGACAUGUUUCUGCGGAAGAACAUGGAUUCCCAGGGAUUCGUGUUCCUUGAUGUCAUCAUCAAUUUCAACCGCAUCAAGCAGCUCUCGGCUGACCCGAACGUGCUGAAAGCUGCCUGCCUCCGGUCAGAAACUAUUGAGAUCAAAACCGGCGAAGAUGGGAGAGAUCGUCUGCGGAGGCAAGAGGGUUGGGAGCAGUUUGUCAUGCCCAAGGAACAGCGCGAGGCAGCAGCUCAGACUGAUGGACCGGAAACAUUAUCGCGUCCCGAGCCGCCAGCAAGCGCGUACCCGCCGCCAAUGGAUGCAUUUCGAACUCCCGCUGCAGUCGGCCCUUCUGGAACUCAGCGACGCUCCUACGAUGUUACUCAUGUUAUGAAUGGUGCUGUGCCAGGGUUUGCCCCAUUCUCGCCUGCGCAUGAGGCCUACGGAGAUCUAGCCCGUGGAGAAGAGGAUCGAGGACGUGCUGCAAAGUCACCCAUCCGUGAAAAUGGUCUCUCUCCGAGCCAUCUGUCUCUGAAUGGCAUCGCUGAUGCCAAGGACGGCGAAGCAGACGUGUUCCCAGAUGAGCAGGCUGCCACACUUACCGUCAUCCUGAAGCUUGGUCUGCAAAAACCACAGCAUGCCGCUGCCCGCACCUUUUCUAACGGUUCCAUUGACACCCGCAGCAUCUUUGGUGAGCUUGAUAAGGCAGGCGAUGAUAGCCCAAAACCAGUUGUCAAUGGCGAGUCUGCCACGAAUGGCGAUCACGCCACGCCGGACAUCUCGCGUCAUGCCAGUCCCAGCCACAGUCGUUCGCCCGAAAAGGCUGCUAGCAAUGAAUUACCAUUGCUCUGGAUCAAGAACAGCGAUCGGCCUCAUGAAGCGCUUCCCCAAGACACAACGCUCGAACCAUAUAUUCAUCUCCGGCUGAAGGCUCUCAAGCAGCGCGAUGAGGCUUCUACAGGCAACUGCCCAUACGAUCUCGACGUACUCUACCAAUUUUGGUCGCAUUUCUUGAUUCGCAACUACAAUCAUCGCAUGUAUAGCGAAUUCAAGUACUAUGCCACCGAUGAUGUGCAGAAGAGGAACAACAGCACUGGCAUGCAGAACCUCUUACAAUUCUAUGCCAAGGCACUGGCUAGCAGCACUCCAAUCCGCGACCACAUUGUCAGGGACUAUGUCGAGCUGGUCAAAGUCGAACCAGCCAUAUCUCAUGGACAAGGCUUCAAACAGCUCCGCCAAGCCUGGCGGAAUGGUGCCCUGAAUCUCAAGAACCGCAAAAAGUUGAACGACAUUGUUGACGAGGAGCUGAGGUCUCGGCUCGAAUCGUAGACACGGUUUCGUAACAGCUACCACUCUACUGCUGGCAUACAGCCAGUCAGCCCAUGCGUUCCAUGGCUGCCCAACAAUGUUUUCGAAUGCUUCAUGAACAACGGACGACGUCGUAUGCUGCAUGCGAGCAUAUGCUGAGCUCUGCUCGAAGGUUCUUUACUGUGUUGAGCGUAUAUCUGCAUCUUCUGGCCCCUUCCACUGGUGAUGUUUCUCAGUAACAGCUGACCGAACAAGCAUGGCGUUCCAAGGCGCCUUUCCUUUCUGUCCAGUGGCAAUAGGGCACACUACUUAUUCAAAACAAAACAAAAGCAUUACAUAUUUCCGACGAAUCGAUGCAUAGACGCGCAAGGGAUGGGCCGGCGUUUGGUUGGGGGUUCAGCUGAAUUAUCUUGUGCUGGUAGCUGAUGGCCGUGCUGCGAGCCAUGAUGUAGAUGCAAUGGGCAUGAUUCCAAUGCUUGCGUCUGGCUGUGACGAAUGGUCAUUGGAUCACAAAUACUCGAGCUUCGAGUUGCUCGUGCGGUCGGGGAGAUCGAUGCGAGAAGGACGGCGAUUUGUGCACAAUAGCAGUGCUCCCGCUAUUUGGGGGCACUUACUCGGGGCCCAGCAGUGAGUGGCACGAGAGCAUCUGCUCAAACGUCGUUCGCAAAUGCGUCCUUUCUAUACACGAGUCUGUCCUCGUCAAUACCACAUGCUUCGGCCAGUCUCAGCCGAAGGGCGCGUAUGUAUGUAGCAUUUGAUCAUGUGCAUACACGAUAUCGAGGCUCGAUGACCUCGUUCUUAGCUUACCCUGGUAUGCUGUAUUUUUUGUGUAAACUUACUCAUUUCCGAUAGAGUCAUGAUGUUGGAGGAAUCUCUGGCGGCAUUUCCUGAUCCAGUAGUCCGCUCUUCCGCCCAGGGAGGAACAACGUUUCUCCCGUCUGCUUGAAUACAAC